AUGCCAAGGAAAGCGACCACCGCCAUGGGUCACAACGAGCCUCAUCCUCACGGUGACGAGAAGGACACAAUGACGGAGCAGGAGCGCAAGCGACUUCGCAACCGCCUCUCCCAGCAGGCCUUCCGGCGCAGACAGCAAGAGCGCAUCCGAGAACUCAGCAACAGGGUCAACACAGACCAGAAACCCGAAGAUGAGCGAGUUGCAGCUCUUCAGCAGGAGAACCGCCAGCUCCGGGCGCAAUUGGUCGAGGUCCAGACAAGACUGUCUCGGCUCAUGGCCAACUUGCAAGGGUUGAAUGACACUGUGUCCAAGACGCUCAAUGACACAGCUGCAGGUGGCGGCAAGCAACACGAGUGUCCGAGUGAGAUUGAAGAAAGUCGCUUGCAUCAAUCGCAGAAUGCCGAUGCGCCUGCGCUACGGCCGAUUGACAUGACGUCCUUUGACACCACACUGUUUGACUUUGAUGCUCACCUAGGACAUCAACCUGCAGCAGGACAGCUAGACGAUACCGGGGCGCUGCCCGAACUGAUAAACGCCGCCGGCAUCAGCCCUCUUUACAACCAGAUCCCGAACAUCUGGAGCUUCGAGUACCAAACCGGCGUGGAGCCAUACCAGGCCGCCAUGGCAGCAACCCAAGAGUCAAGCUUGGUCCUCAGGAAGAAUUGGACGCUAUCGAAUUCGCCAUUCUCGGACCAUAUCCAGCUCCUCCAACGUCUUCUAAAGAGCAAGCUGGCCGCUUCCGGAUUCUCUCCCGAGGGCCAGCCCUCAAUGCAAGGCAUUUACCAACCAGUCCUCAUGGUCCUAUCAAUGUUCAACAGCAUGACUCGCCCCGACGUGAUGGCCUGGUACGCCAAAACACGCUUCUUCCACAUCAUCGAGCUCACCGCCUGGCAACUCUACCCCUCCGCCGCCACCUUCGACAAGCUUCACCAGCGCUACCGGCCAACAGAGGCGCAGAUGAAGCACCCGCACCCCCGCGUCAUCGACUGGAUCCCCUUCCCCUCCAUCCGCGACCGCCUCAUCCAGCUGCACGCCGCCAACCCCCACAUCGACCAGAUCUUCUGCGACGCCGUCACCGGCUACGUCGUCGAGACCACCAUGUCCGACCUCGUCCGCGGCGCGCCCGACGUCACCGUCUACAUCCGCGUCACCGAUCUCAUCACGGCCAUGUCCACCACCGACGACGAGGAUGCGGACGCGGCGACGACGGCAGUUACGCUCCCGGCGCCGGACGUGACGGCCCUCUUCUCGUCACCGGCGUACGCCCGCGCCGCGUUCAAGCAGCUCAACAUGGACAAGGGCGCGUCGUAUUACAAGAUCGACCCGGCAUUCUACGCGAAAUACCCCGAGCUCUUCGACCACGCCAACGACCUCACCGCAACCGGCGUCCCCCUGCGCCCGAGAUCCCAAAAGGUCCUCACGUACCCGCGGCCCCUCGACGCCUCAACCGUGGAGACGUACCGCAGUUUCAUCGACUUCUCGCUGGACGCGUCGCAGACGAUAUCCUCCUUCCUCGACGACUACUCCGAAGGCGCGCACCCAGCCCUCCUCAAAGCCAUCAUCGCCACAAACACAACCCAAGAAACCGGCUACGGCGGCGACACCUGCUGCGAAGUCGCCCGCGGCCACAUCAGGCGGCACCUCGGCCGCGCGGACGUGGGCAUCUUCUUCGUCCCCAGCGGCACCUCCGCCAACGCCAUCUCCAUCGCCGCGUGCCUGCGCCCGCACGAGGCCGUCAUCGCCGCGUCCUCAGGCCACAUCGUCACGCGCGAGACGGGCGCCGUCGAGGCGUCCGGGCACAAGAUCAUCAACGUCCCGCCGCUCGACGGCGGCAAGCUCACGCCCGCGUCGAUCCAGCGCGCCGUCGACGACAACUGGCACUUCCCGCACAUGGCGAAGCCGCGGCUGGUGUACAUCUCCAACGCGACCGAGAUCGGGACGGUCUACUCGAAAGCGGAGCUCGCGGCGAUCAAGCAAAUAUGCGAGGCGAACGGGCUGCUCCUCUUCCUCGACGGCGCGCGCAUCGGCACCGCGCUGGCUAGCGCCGCCAACGACAUGACGCUCCGCGACAUCCUCGACCUCACGGACAUCUUCUGGAUCGGCGGCACGAAAAACGGCGCCCUCCUCGGCGAGGCCGUGGUCGUCAAGGACGCAAGGUUAGCCUCCGAGUUCGAGUUCUACGUCAAGCAGCACGGCUCGCUGCUCGCCAAGAGCCGCGUCAUGGGCGCGCAGUUCGCGGAGCUGUUCCGCGAGGAGCUGUACUUCGACCUCGCGCGGCAGGCGAACCGCUGCGCGGCGGCGCUGUCGGCGGGGAUUGCGGCGGCGGGGUUCGGCGUGUACGCGGUCACGGAGACGAACCAGGUAUUUGCGGUGCUGCCGGUGGGCUUGAUUGCGGCGCUGCAGGAGCGGUUUGUGUUUUAUGUUUGGGAGAAGAGGGGUGAUGGGGAGGCGGUUGUGAGGUUGCUUACGACGUGGGCGACGGAGGUUGGGGAGGUUGAGAGGUUUGUGGGCGUGGUUCAGGGGUGGGGGAAGUGA